AAAACAACAAACAUUCUGAAGUCUUAGCACAGUAAGCAGGCUGGAACUUCCUCAAUGGAGGGAUCAUAUAAACUGGAGGAUGUGGAGUUAGCUUGGGAGAGGAUGAAGGAAGCCAAAGCCAUGCUUUACUUGGUUGAGGACAGCUUUGGUAUCCAGGACCGAAUAAUAGAUCCACCGUGGACAGAAGGAACAAGGGUGAAGCAGGACAGAGAGCCAGCAAUGGAGGGAGAGUCAAACCCAGAGACAGACCUUUCGAAGACUAUCAGAAGCCUCAGAACACAGAACGCUGACUGGAGCUCCCUCAGGCCACACAGCAGCUUGAUCCAGAUCUCACCUGAGAGCACCAGAACACUUCCCUGCAGCAGGGUCCUGUCUGAAACGACAAACCUGCCCCAGAACACUCCUGAGCGGAGCAGAACCCGAGAACUCACCGAUGACAUCAUCUGCAUUCUCCACAAGCACCAGCCAAUGAGCUGCAGUGAUGGAAGCACAGAGGGAAGAGGAACCCGGAGCCCAGCAGGCAGCGCUGCCUCCCCCCUGUUUAAUGCUCAGCGCAGGCAGCUCCUGAAAGCCGGCUCCCCUACUGGCAGGACCCUGCAGAGCCUGAAAGAGCGGAUCCACCAGCAGAGACAGCAGCACCAGGCUGUGCAGGGCAGCACUACUGAGGUCUACCAGCGGGGGGCGAUCACCAGGAAGGUCAGGAAGGUCACCUUCGCACCUCCCCCUCCCGUCUAUAGAGGGUUCACCAUUGUGGCUGAGAGAACAGAGAGCCCAGGUGAAGGCAGAGCCAGUCUCCAACCCGGCAGCAAAGGGACAACUCGCAGGAGGGACCAGACACAGAGAACAGGUCACUCGAAAAGCCCAAGACUGAAGAAAACAACCUCACCCAGCAGCUCUCCCUCCAGAGACAUGAGCAGACAGACAAGAGGCCGGUCUCCGGGGGUGUCUGCCUGGCGAGAUGGACAGCGUCUGGUGAGGAUGCUGCUGGGGCCUGCCCCCCGACCCAAGAAGGGAGAGAGCGCUACCCAGGGGUCAGGAGAGUCACAGUUUUCAGAGGAGAAAAAUGACAUCAAACAUCCCGCAAAGAAGAGACUCUUUCCAUCCAAUGGGAAUCCUGGCCUUUCCAAAAGAAGACCGUCCUUGUCAAAGAGAAGCCCCUCCCCCUCCCAACGGACCACCGCCUUGUCAAAGAGAAGCCCCUCCCCCUCACAACGGAUCACCGCCUUGUCAAAGAGAAGCCCCUCCCCCUCACAACGGACCACCGCCUUGUCAAAGAGAAGCCCCUCCCCCUCCCAACGGACCACCACCUUGUCAAAGAGAAGCCCCUCCCCCUCCCAACGGACCACCGCCUUGUCAAAGAGAAGCCCCUCCCCCUCCCAACGGACCACCGCCUUGUCAAAGAGAAGCCCCUCCCCCUCCCAACGGACCACCACCUUGUCAAAGAGAAGCCCCUCCCCCUCCCAAAUAAGCACAGUCUUGUCAAAGAAAAGUACCUCACCUUCGCAUAGGCCCUCCCAGAGCCCAAUACGCUCAGCAGGAAGCCCUGUCCCUUCACAAAGCCCCACCCACAAUAAGAGACAUCAGGCUCCACAAAGGGAAAGCUCCUCCCCACCUACAGGAAGAACAGCUAGAUGGAAUGGGAAGGAAAACACAGGGCCACAGGAACCACAACGCCCCCCUAAGGCCCGGAGCUACAGUGCAGAGGAGGUGCGUGCCUUCAUGGGGCGGCGUGCGAAAGAGAGGACGAGGCGAGCUCUAGAUGAGAGACGCGAGGCCCGCAGGGAAGAGGAGAGGAGGAGGGGGCUGCUAGAGGAGGUGCUCAGGAAACAGAGGGACGCCCUGCACAGAGCCCAGGGGAGCCGAAGUCCAGGAGCACACAGCAGAAAGAGGCAGGGGCAGAGAGACACAAACACCAAGAAGGAGCGGCCUGCUGCAAAGAGGCAGAGUGAUGGAGACACCCAGGACUGGCUGCAGCGGAGUAGGGACAGGGUGGGGAGAGCGCAGGAGCAGGGCAGAGGAGCUCCAGUGGAGCUGGUGAGUGUGGAAGGCACACAGAGGGAGGUUUGCAGCUCCAGUCCACUGAGACUAGCUGACCUAGCCCCCGCAGGGAGGCUAGCAGGGGGGGCUGGUACUGCGCCGCUGAGCCGGGCAGAGAGAGUCGAGGCUAUCAGACAGGCGGCAGCAGCACUGGGUGCCCGGGUUGAGACCGAGACUGCCAGGCUGGGGGCCAGCGCCAGGCUGUCUGUUUGUGCAGGAGCCACGCAGCAGGCUGUGCCAGGAUGCUCCAAGACUGGCCAGUCAGGCACCUCUGCCCUGCCCAGAGACCAGGACUCCACCUCCGCUAGUGAGGAGCUGCCCUGGAGCGAGGAUCCUGAACAGCCUGGAGCCAGAAGGACACAACCUGACUCCACAGGGACGACCCGGGGAGUGUGUGAGGAGAGGAAGCAGAAGGCAGGAAGAGCAGGGACAGCAAAGACUGGAGCACAGAAUGGAAGCCUUCCACCAGGGAGGUUGGUAAGAGGAGGUGCAGAGAAACGAGUUGAGAAAGAGAGACAGCAGGAGACAUCACGGUCCGGACAGCAAUCCACCUCUCCUGGGAUGGGGCAGUCCAGGACACAGCCUUCCUUCAAGGGGAGAGCACAGACAGACCCUGAGGCGCUGAGUGAUGACUCAGGGGGGCCGGGGGCUGGCGAGGCCAGUCCGGAGGCAGAGGCCAGCAGCAGCAGUGAGGCUCACACAGAGUCCACCAGCAAGUGGAGCGAGGUGAGUCAGUUCUUUGGCAGGGGUGAGAUGCUGAACCGCUUGUCCCUGGAGCUAUCCCAGCAGACCCUGCGUGAUGAAGAGCUGCGUGCCCGGCACCACAGUGCCCUCUUCAGGCUGCGAGAGGAGGCGCUGAGCGAGAAGACCCAGGCAGAGUUAGCCUGGCUUGAGCACCAGAAAAUGUGUCUGAGGGAAGGAGAGGAGGACACUCUGGCUGAGAUUGCAAGGAGACAGGAGGAUGUCCUUUACACCCUGCAGCAGGAGAAGACUGAAAUCCGGCACCUUCAGAAUGUGUACAGAGCUGCUCGGCAACAGAGGAAACUACUUCUGAGACAUCAGAGAGAGAUCCUGGGCAUCCAGAGAUCUGCUGCACUAAUAAAGAGUAAACUACUGGGAGACUCUGCACUGAGCCAAGAGAAUCCGGAGAGUGCAGAGCAGCAGCUACAAGGAGGGCUGGAGAAUAACACUGCACUGCACCAGUUACAAGGGGAUCUGAGCAAACACAGUGCAGUGCAUCUUAGCCAGGGAAAUCUAAAGAAACACUGUGCAUUACGCCAGUUCCAAGAUGAUGUAAAAAAAGAUGGGGCUGUACGGCAAUCACAUAGGGACCUAAGCAAAUACUCUGCAUUGCAGCUGUCACCGAGAGAGCUGCAUGAAAACACAGCACUGCUCCAUUUACAGGGAGAUCUGAAUAAAUACUGUGAGGUUCAGCAGGAAGACACCAAACUGCAUCAAUUACAGGGGGGUCCUGAGGAAUACACCACUCUGAACCAAUUAAAGGGGGACCAUGAAGAGGGAACCACUUUGCAUCAUUUAAAGGGCAGUCCUCAGGAAGGCACUACUCUGCACCACUUAAAGGAUGGUCCACAGGAAGACACUGUGGAAGACACCACUCUAUAUGACUUACAGGGGGAAGAACCAGCAGGAACAACUCAGCAAAAGCUAAAAGAAGGUCCUCAGAAAGACACCACUUUGCACAAGUUAUCAGGGAGUCGCCAGGAAGACACCACCCUGCAUCAGUUACACAGUGAUGGCCAAAAACACUCCACUGGUGACCAUGGGAACACUACUUGGGAGCAGAUUCCAGAUCAAAGCAGCUCUUCUGAGAGGCCUGGGAGCUCACCUGGUCCAGAGCCCAGGGAGAGACAGCGCAGGGUGGCAGAGCCUAGCCAGAACACAAGCAGUGAGCUGGGAGACAGGUGGCUAGCGAAAUGA